UGUGGAGCUUAUCAGAAACUAAGCAAUCUUACAAAGAAGAUGGUACGUGACAAAAGAAGGAAAAAAAUGGCAGCCAAGGAUCUGAGUUCGUUUAAUUGGGGUGUGAAAUUUCAGAGCAUUUUCAAGGUCGUGAUCCUUCAUUUAAUUAUCGUCUCUGUAGGAACCCCAGGACCUUGUAAUUUGGAGGGGGAGAAGGUGAAUAGGAAGAGGUACCAAAACUGGAAGGUGAGGAGGAGGAUCCACUCAUGGCGGGUCUGGGUUGGAUAUUGGAGGCGGUUGAGGAGGGGGUGGGGGAAGAGGGAGUGGGCCAGAAUGGCGAAGGAGAGAAGGAAGAUAAAGGUCGGGUGUUAUGAGGUAGAAGGUCUUGGGGGACCGCUUGGGGAUGGCAACAGAGAUUCAAGGAGGAUGUCGAAGAUGGUGAGGGAUUGGGGCUCUUCCGAAGCAAGAUCCAUUUUCUGGGGUACUCGGGUUGGAGAGGAUGAAAUCGAGAUUGAGUUUUGAGAUGACGGUGACUCAUGUAAACUACGAUUCAGAAGGAGUGAAGUGAUUGCGAAGACAGUGAAGAACAGGAGAUGAUCAGAGAAAUUUGCAAAGCUACUUGCUCUUUUAGAUUGUUUUCAUUAUUUUCGAAAUAUUUUGUGAAUGUAGUUCAGGGUGGUGAGGUUAUUGUACUCAAAUCGAGUUGAAUUGUCAAGGUAUUUUUGCAUACUACCUGAACCGGAAUAAAAGUGAACAAAAAUAUCUGUAAUUUUUGGUUUGGUUCUGGUAUUAUUUGAUACCCCUGGCUGCAUGAUACUCUUAGAUUCAUAUGAUCCAUUGGAUCAUGAAAAAAAAAUGAUGUUGGUAUA